ACACCCGCCCUUGCGGCAUUCGUACGGCAUCUCCGGUUGAAAGCAAGCGACGGAUGAAAUCAUUGCAUGAUCAUAUAGCAGUGGCGACGGUGGCAGCUGAAGAAGAAGCAGAAAAUGGAGAAUAGAAACGUCGUCGUCUGCGACAAUGGCACCGGGUACGUUAAGUGUGGUUUUUCCGGGGAGAAUUUCCCUACCUCUGUUUUUCCUUGUGUGGUAGGGAGGCCGAUGCUUCGGUACGAAGAAUCACUAACUGAACAAGAGCUAAAGGAUAUUGUUGUUGGGGAAGCUUGUGCGGAUUUGCGGCAUCAGCUUGAUAUAUCUUAUCCUGUCAAUAACGGAAUUGUGCAAAACUGGGAGGAUAUGUGUCAUGUCUGGGACCAUGCGUUUUACAAUGAAUUAAAAAUUAACCCACCAGACUGUAAGAUUCUACUCACAGACCCUCCUCUUAAUCCCUCAAAGAAUCGUGAAAAAAUGGUUGAGACAAUGUUUGAGAAGUACAAUUUUGCUGGGGUAUUCAUCCAAAUCCAAGCUGUUCUAACAUUAUAUGCUCAAGGGCUUCUGACUGGGUUGGUUAUUGAUUCUGGUGAUGGUGUCACACAUGUGGUUCCUGUUGUUGAUGGCUAUUCAUUCCCACAUCUUACAAAACGAAUGAAUGUAGCUGGCCGGCAUAUAACAUCAUAUCUUGUUGACUUGCUUUCAAGGAGGGGGUAUGCAAUGAAUAGGAAUGCUGAUUUUGAGGCUGUGAGGGAGAUCAAGGAGAAGUUGUGCUACAUAAGUUAUGACUACAAGAGGGAAUAUCAGUUGGGACUUGAGACCACAAUACUUGUUAAGAAUUAUACCCUUCCAGAUGGAAGGGUGAUUAAAGUAGGCACUGAAAGGUUUCAGGCUCCUGAAGCUCUUUUCACUCCGGAACUUAUUGAUGUUGAAGGAGAUGGAAUGGCUGAUAUGGUUUUCCGUUGCAUUCAGGAAAUGGAUAUUGACAACCGGAUGAUGCUAUACCAGCAUAUAGUUCUGAGUGGAGGAAGCACAAUGUAUCCUGGAUUACCAAGCCGGUAGUUUCUUUUUCCUUGACAUUAGCUUAGAUUG